CUGGUGGAGAUAGAGUAGUGCAGAAAUACGUGGAGAGGCCUGUGCUCUUCAAGGGGCGCAAGAUGGACCUCCGAGUCUACCUGGUAGUGCGGAGCUUUGCAGAUGCAGAAGCGUACUUGCACACCAAGUGGUAUGCCAGGGUGGCCAACAGGGAGUAUCCUUCAGAUGUCAGUGCCACAGAGACUGACUUUGAGAGCCACUUCACUGUCGCCUGCUAUGAUGCUGACCCUGCUGUCAGUGGUGCCCAGCUGAUGGUACUAAAGAGCGAGGUGGUGUGUGAGCUGGAGGGACAAGGCAUAAAUGUCGCUGAAUUUGAGGAGGACCUCUGUGGCAUGGCUCGCAGCCUGGUCACCGCUGCACAGGCGCAGAUUGGAAGGUGGCCGCGCAGCAGGGCUAUUUAUGGGAUGGAUGUGCUCCUGGUGAGAGGGCCAUCUGGGAGAUGCAGCCCGCAGUUGUUGGAAGUCAACUUCUGUCCAGACUUCACAACACUCAUCAAAUUGGGGGAGAAAGAGGCCAUCAAUGAGUUCAUGGGUGCAUGCUUCACAUCCGGCCUGGUUUCAGAGCGGUUCACAAGAUUGGGGGAUGACCCAGGGGAGACAUUUCCUGGCCAGAAGGAUCUCGAUGCAAUUGACUGACUUGUGCUUGACCUCAGCUUCUUCAGUGGUUUGUCGAGUGGAAGAGAUUGCAUGGGUCUGGGGGAGAUGUAAUAUUGUAUGCUGG